UUGUACCGUUUUUGUACCACUGAUUCAGUAUCGGGGUGGUUUCGGUAUAACCCACCAAUAACACCGUCUCUCUCUCGCCAAGGUUCUUCCAGUACUUCCUCCAUUUCAAGGUCCCUCCAAGCCCUCCAAGUAAACACAUAUAGCAUAAAUCUGUAGAUUGUUGCUGUAUGAGUGCAACCUACAAAGGGAGGGAUUAAGCAGUGGACGGUUGGUCUGCGAGACUGUGACUGCAAAUAGCGACCAAAGAAAGUAAGAAAUGGCAAACAAGGGUGACAUACUAAUGCUGGAAGCGCCGCCGGAUACCUCACGGCCAAGCUGGUCAGUAGCUUCGGAGGAAGAAAUUAUAGACGCACUGCCAUACAUCGAUGACGAUUACGGUAACCCUAAUGUCAAAGAAGAAGUCGAUAGAUUGGUGGAGGAGGAGAUGCGCCGCAGCACUAAGAAGCCGGCUGAUUUCCUCAAAGAACUCCCUCCUGUCCCCAAGUUGAAUUUCGAGAACCAUCCUAUGCUUGCUAGAGAAUAUGAACGUGUGAAAGCAGGAAAACCUCCUGCAAAGCUGGAGACAUCUCGAUAUAGACUAGAACCACCUCCUGUUAAUAAACGGAACGACGUUGAAGCUUGGAAGCCUGUCCUUGGAAAUGCUCGUGGCUUGUUACAACAUCAGAUAAUAAGUCUAGAGAAUCUGGACUUGAUGUCAAAGCAUGGUGCUGAUGUUUGGAAACUUUACAAUCAACAGCUGGAUAAGUUCUUGUUCAGAAUGCAAGCAAUUGCUUUGCAAUACAAUGAAAAGAUUGAAGUUGUUAACCGUGAAAGGAAGUAUCAUCAGCAAAGCACUGCAGUUGAGCUUAAUACGUUGUCUGCACAAUGGAAGGAGCUCUGUGAGAAGAACAUAGCGAUAGAAGCUGCAUGUGCUAAGAUUGAAAAUGAAAUUGAAGAACUAAAAAGUGAAGCUGCAGAAAGAGGCUGGAACUUGGAGGCCAACAGGGAGGAUGGCACUUUGAUGCAGUCAGAACAUUGAGAUAGUGUGGAGUGACUGCAGCUAUGCGUUUUAUUAACGUUUUUGUUAACACUGCCCACGAGGAAUAGAGAUUGUAAAUGAUAUUUGAUGUUUAUUUAAGAUAAUAUUUUGUGGGUAGUGGAACUCUUCUGUGCUUUUUCCUUCUUCUAUUACUUGAUUCCAGAACAAUUGAUUCAUUUGAUUUAUGUGUAGUUGGGGAGCAUUAUUAAGUUGGAUAAUUUUUGCAGUUGGUAGGGA